AUGGCCGAUUCAUUACAAACACAACCUCCCCCAACAAGCUUCUACCAGCUGUCUUACCCCAAACCUGGGAUUAUCCUAGUGACCAUCAACCGGGAAAAACAACGCAAUUCUCUGCCCGCAGAAGCACACUGGGAAGGCCAUGCAUUAUUCUCAUGGUUCGAUGAAGAACCAUCCCUACUGGUCGCAGUGGUCACCGGCGCAGGCGAGAAGUCGUUCUGCGCCGGUCAAGAUUUGACCGAACAAGCUACCUCGCGCCGCGGACCUAAGACUGCGGCCCAACAAGCCGUCAUGAACCACCCUCCCAGCGGAUUUAUGGGUCUUAGCCAGCGAAGAGGAAGAAAACCUGUUCUCGCUGCCGUCAAUGGCUUUGCGCUCGGUGGUGGAUUCGAGAUUUGUCUCAAUUGUGAUAUUAUCGUCGCAUCUCCAGAGGCUCAAUUCGGAUUGCCAGAAGUUGCUGUGGGUCUGUACGCCGCAGCUGGCGGUCUUCCUCGACUGAUGCGAAUCGUGGGACUGCAACUCGCUUCCGACAUUGCAAUGACCGGUCGACGACUCUCCGCAAAAGAGGCUCUAGACUACCGGUUGAUAAAUCAAAUCUCGAAAUCCCCGCAAUCCGUCGUGGAGGAAUGCAUUGAGAUGGCAGUCCGCAUCACCAGCUUCUCGCCGGACGGGAUUAUAGUUACUCGGCAGGGAUUACGGGAGGCUUGGGAUAAUCCAAGCGUUGAACAUGCAACUACGCGAACAAGACAUGAAUAUGUGAAUAAGCUCGUUGCCGGCGACAACUUCAAGAUUGGUGUCGAGGCGUUUGCCAUGAAGAAGAAGCCCAAAUGGGUCCCAUCGCGUCUAUGA